AUGGCCCAAGUAAACGGGGAUACCGCUCCCCAGCCCGCCACCUCAUUAUUUGUUGAGCAUCUCCUCACCUACCCGGUUGUCAAGGACGGAGUUACUGUCUUCCAGAACAACCAGUUGGGCCGGAAAUCAAUUCAAAUUAGCGAUACCGCUUACAGGAACCUUGCCGGACCUGUCCUCCCCUACCUCCACAAACCCUACGGAUAUGUUUGGCCUUAUCUCGAAAAGGCCGAUCAUCUCGGGGACCAGACUCUGUCCAAGGUCGAUUUGCGAUUUCCCGCCAUUAAAAAGCCGACAGAUGAACUCUACGCGGAUGCUAAGAGCCUGGUGCUACUUCCUUACAGCAAGGGCAUGGAGGGCAAGGAUCAUGUUUUGGGAAUAUACUCGGCGGAGUGCAAGAAAGUUGGUGGGGAGAGCUUGGUGGCGUACAGCAAGGCGCUUGUGAGCACGGUUUUCACUAUCAGUGGGGAGACAAUCCACUGGGUUGGCAACCUCCUUGGGGCCAAACGAGAGGAAAUCAAGGAUUUUAUAAACGAGAAGGCCAACAACUAG